AUGUUACAAUACAUGAGAGAAAGGAAAAAAUAUGGAAAGCAUAUACCAAAAAGUCUAUCAUCAAAAAUUAAUAAAAGAAAAUUAAUACAAAAAAAUAUAUGUACAAAUUAUAAGACUAUAAAAAUAAUUGACAUUUAUGAAAAUUUACCAUAUAAUCAAUUAAAUAAUGGAAGAACUAAAAUUAAAGAAAUUAUAUUAGCUAAUGAUGUUCUUGUUGUUUUGUUAAUAUCUGGAAUUUCAAGAGCUUAUAAUAUGAUUAAUGGAGAAUUCUUAUGUGAAAUUAAUCCGAACAAUUUUUCUGUUGUACAUACAAUUGUCUAUAAUUCUUAUAAUAAUACAUUGAUUAUUGCAUAUGCUUCUUUUCCGGCACAUUUACAGUGUAAAGUUAUUGAUUGUAAUGAUUUAAAACAUGGGAUAACUAAUUCUUCGAAACUUGGUAUAUUAUUUGAAAGGGUUAUAUUAAGUCACCCAGCUUUUUUUGAAUUUUGCGAAACUAAUGGUAGAAUAGGUGCUGCAAAUUUAAAUACAAAUUCGUACACCUUCUGGAAUAUGGAAACAUAUGAGCCUGUAUUUGAAAUAGAGGAAGAAUUUCAAGAAAUAAGAGUAUCUGAUGGGUUGGUAGCUAUGUUUAAGCAACCCGUAAAUAAUACAAUUCCUCUAGCUUUAUUCGAUAUACAAAAUGGAGAAAGACUUGUCGAAACGGUUAUUUCCAUUUUGCCCAGGAGGGAAAUGCAGUUUUUGGAACUCCUUGUGUCGAAAUUAUUAAUAAAGCAAGAAGGUUCUUCCCUUAGAAUUUAUGAUUUACUAAAAAAGACAAGACAAAAAGUGAAGAAUACUUAUACUUUUCAACCCACCGCUUUUGUAUUUUAUGAUCAUCCUUCUCCAAUAAAUGGAAAAGUGUACAACAAUGAAAUAAGCAAAAAAUUUUUUACGAUAUCAAACAAUUUGAUAGAAUUUUGGGAAUUAGAUUCCUUCAUGUUGAGGAAAAUGUACACUAUAUAUGUACCAG